CUGAUGCGUAACAGUGCAGUUAAUGUGUACGCAAAUAUGAUCACACCAUUAGUGAACGACAUGGCAUUCCCUCUCUGUCUACCGUUGGUUCUGGGAAGCAUUAUGUCCAGCCUACAGGACCAAACAAUUCGUGAGGUAGACCGUAGAUUGUUAUUGAAUGACCCGCAAACAAUUCAGGUCCAGUUGGAGGCAGUGCAAAAAGAAAUGCAGACCUUAAAAACAUUGGUCAACACCCAGCAGACUAAGAUCCAAUUAAUGGACACACUGGUCAACUCACAGCAGACUAAGAUCCAAACGCAGGAGACACUGGUCAACUCACAACAAAGUCAAAUCCAAUCAUUACAGAGUCAGCUGACCAAACCUCCAAAUCAAGGAGCUGUAUACACAAUUUGGGGAAGAAAAAGCUGUCCGCUGGUUAACGGUACUACCACCCUGUACACAGGUAUAACAGGUGGCAAAAUGUAUUACAUAAAAGGAAGUGGCGUCACUACGCUGUGUUUGCCUCACGAUCCCGAUUCACUUUUGGGGGCGUUGAUCCACAUCCCCUACGACAUCAACAACACACCUUACAUAUUUGGCGCGGAGUUCGAGAUGAACUACAAAAACGUUGCCCGCAACGAUGAUGUACCGUGCGCUGUUUGUCAUGCGCAAACCUCAACUUCCGCUGUAAUGAUUCCAGCAAAACUCACGUGCCCGCAAAACUGGAAACUGCAGUACAGCGGGAUGAUGAGCGCGGAAAGAUCUGACCACUUUGCAUCUGAUUUUAUUUGUGUUGAUUUAAAUCCUGAGUAUAUAGAGGGAACGCGGGCUAGGAAUGCGGACGGCAGGUUGAUUCACCCCGCGAAAGCCAGAUGCGGUUCCCUUCCGUGCCCCCCAUACAAGGACAAACAGUAUGUCUCGUGUGUCGUUUGUGCAAACUAAAUUGAUAUUGUUAAUUCACUGCCAGCUUCCUUGCACUUAAAUAAAAUUCAGUUUAUUUAUAGUGUACAUUAUUAUAUAGACAGUGAAAAAAGAUGUAAGGUCUAUAACAAUGGAAUAAUAAUAUAACUGAUAGAAUUCCAUUGUUAUAGACCUUACAUCUUUUUUCACUGUCUAUAUAAUAAUUAAAAACUAAACUGUCGGUCCCGAGCGCAGGAAGAUAUUUACUCGAAUGUACAAAAACUGAAACUAAUCAAUGGCGGAUUUAAGGGGGGGCGCCGGCUGCCCCCCCCCCCCCCUAAAAUUUUCAAUUUAAAGUAAUUCGUGGCAUCUUGGUUAGAAAAAUGUGCUAAACAAUAAAAGAAGCAAUAAUUUCUUCCACUUCCGGAGAAAUAAAUGACAAAAUAUUUUGAUUCCUUGAAUUACUUUAUUGGGAGAACGUAAUUUUUCCCAAAAAUCAUUAAAAUUUGCGUCAUUUUACUAAUUUCACCUUAUAAAAAUGAUAGAAAAUAGUACAGAUGACUUAAAUAGUAGACAUAUUUCAAGCCCUUUAAAAUCUGUAAAAUCCAGGAGCUUCCGGGGCUUUGCCCCCUGUACCCCCACCAGAACUUCGACUCAGACCCCCUGCCUCAUAAAGUGCCCCCCCCCCCCCUCCCCGUAA